AUGACUAUUGAGAAGCAUUCUUAUGGUGAUAAAGCUGAUACUGGAGGCAAGAAAGCAAAAGUUGUAGAACUUUGUGCUAUUAUUACUCGAGCUCAAUUUGAGGAGUUAUGGAUGAGCAUGUUCUUUAAGAGUGUGGGGCCUGUGGGGAAGUGUUUGAAUGAGGCCAAGGUAGAUAAUGUUCAAAUACAGGAAGUGGUUCUCGUUAGCAAAUCAACUAGAAUCCCAAUAAUUCAGCAUCUCUUAAAAGAUUACUUCGAUGAGAAGAAGCUCUACACGAGUAUAAAUCAGGAUGAUAGUAUGGCUUGUGAUACAACAGUUCUAGACGCAAUCCUGAUUGGUAAUGGAGAUGAAAAUGUUCAAGAAUUGCUAGUGGUUGAUGUCUCCUUAUUAGAUCUUGGUGUUGAAACUGUUGGCAGGACGAUAAUUGUGUUAAUUUCCAGAAAUGCUACAAAUUCAGCCAUGGAAGAGCAAACUUUCCCAACCUACUCAGAUCAUCAGCGUGAAAAUGUUCCAAUUGAAGAGCUCAGCCGUUUGAAUUACUGUAAUUGGCAUUGGCAUUUCUAUGGAUGUUCAAUUCAACCUGUCAUCCAAGCAAGGUUCAACGGUCCCUCAAACUAA